AUGACAAACCAACAUAAACUGCCCCAUCAUGUCUACCUCUCCCCCGAAGUCGCCCGCCGAUACGCAGAACAAACGCGGAAUGGUCUUUACGAACUACUACCUUAUGAGAUCGCAUGGAGAGACCGCUAUGAGUUUCUCCAAAAGCAAGGAUAUCUGCUACGACCUCGCUAUCAUCCAAAAUGGGAGCCUUCGUGGAUGGGUACCAACCUCGCUCCGGAUUUUUGCGAAGACUCCAUCAGACCGAGCAGGUUCCAUGUCAUAGACGCGACGCGAAUAACAGACGACUCGCGUGUAGCCAUAAAACGCGUCAAGAAGGCGGGACAAGAGCUCCAUAUAUCGCAGCAUGUCGCCUCCCUCGCUGGUCCCGAUGAUCACUGCAUAUCCGCGAUAGAGGCCAUCUCCGAUCCGUUGGACGUUCAAAUGGCCCUUCUUGUAAUGCCGUACCUCAGACCAUUUAACGAUCCAGAGCUGCAAGUAGUCGGCGACGUAGUUGACUUUGUAUCGCAGAUGCUCAAAGGCAUGGCCUUCCUACACAGGAAUCGGAUCGCACAUAGGGAUAUAGCACGUUCGAACAUCAUGAUGGACGCUCGGUCGAUGUACCCUAACGGUCAUCACCCGGUGCGAAUGCACCGCGCGCCGGAUCUCAUCCACAAUGCAAACGCGCUCCCUCGAAUCGACCAUCCCGUGACAUAUUACUACGUCGACUUCGGCUUGUCCGCGCACUUUCCUCUAGGAGCAUCUCCCCUAGUACUCGGGAAGGUCGGGCAUGACAUGGAGAUUCCGGAGAUAUCUAAUGAGGUACCAUUUGACGCGUACAAGGCCGACAUCUACGCUCUAGGAAACCUCUUCGACAAGGACUUCUUGCAGCGCUUCGACAACGUUCAAUUCCUGCAGCAUCUGGUGGAAUGCAUGAAGCAGAAGGAACCUGGCGUUCGGCCGCCCGCCGAUGAGUUGAUCAGGAUGUUCCAACAACUGCGCGCGCUUGUCCCCGAAUCGUCCGUCCGCUGGCGCCUCGUUCAGCGCUCAGAGCAGCCGUACGAGAAGUUGAUCAACGACACCGUCGCCGUGGCGCGGGACGGUUUGAACAAUCUUAAGCGCAUGGUCGGGUAAUCCGCUAUGCACCACCUCUACACUUCUACACCCAUUUUAUCUCUGGUCUGCUCUGUUGCUCUGCUCGUUACGCUCUGCGGCCGAAUCUUCUAGUUCGC